AUGGAGGAAAUGCAUGCAGUUCUGAUCAUUUGGAUAAUAGCGGGCACUACAUCUUCCUCGGCAUCUAAUGCAAUGUCUUCAAUGGAUAGAUCAUUAAAGCGUGGUUCGGGUGAUAUUGGAUGGGAGUAUGCGGAGUUGGCGGAUGCUUCAAACUUGGAUAGGUUGAAGUGUAAGUUGUGUGGGAAAUUGGUGAGUGGUGGAAUAUAUCGAAUGAAGCAACAUAUUGCCCACAUCAAGGGAAACAUGAAUCCUUGUAAAAAGUCUUCGGAUGAGGAUAUAGCCAAAUGCAGGAAUUUUAUUGAAGAGGCAAAGUCUAAGAAGAAACAAAAGAGUAGACAUGAAGCAGAAGUGAGGCAAGAAGUCAUUCUUGAAGGAGAUGAAGACAAUGAAGCGAGUCAAGGGACAACAAGAAAGCCGCAUACUCUUGGGCCUAUGGACCAUUUUGCAUCCCCCAUUGAUUCGGAUUCUUCAUUGGAUGGAAGUAGGAAGAUAAGAUGGGUGUAUGAAGCCGGGAUUCCUUUUCAUGCCAUUGAUAGUGAUAGCUUCAAGAGGUUUGUCGAAGCGGUUGGUCAAUUUGGCCCGGGUUACCGACCUCCAAGCCAAUACCAAUUAAGGGAGCCAUUAUUGAAGGAAGAGGUAGAGAGAAAUAAAAGUUCAUUGAAGAAGCAAGAAGAAGAGUGGGCUUUGAAUGGAAUUGGCAACCAACCUAGAUUCAAAGGAGUGAUUGAGAAGGCAAAGUGCUUCACCAUCUAUAUUUAUGCACACCACAAGACUUUAGCAUUGAUGAGGAAGUUUACAAAGAAAAGAGAUAUAGUGAGGCCGGGAGUCACUAGAUUUGCAACCGCUUUCCUCACUUUGCAAAGCUUGAUGGAGAAGAAGAAUGAGUUGAGUGCUAUGAUUACUAGUGAUGAAUGGAAUGAAAGCAAGCAUGCAAAGAGUGUAAAAGGGAAGGCGGCGGUGAAUAUUGCUUUGAGUGCUUCUUUUUUGAAUGGGGUAAGUCUUUGCUUGAAGGUGUUUGCCCCUUUAGUCAAGGUGCUUCACCUUGUUGAUGGGGAUAGAAAGCCAUCAAUGGGCUUUGUGUAUGGAGAACUACUUAGAGCCAAAGAGGAGAUUAAAAUGGCAUUCAAAGAUCAAGAAGUUCACUAUCUUCCAAUCCUUGACAUUGUUGAUGGAAAAGCCCGUGAUCGACUUGAUAGUCCAUUGCAUUUAGCGGGCUACCUCUUGAACCCUUACUACACAUAUGCCAAUCCAAGCUUUGAGAAUGAUAAUGUGGUCAUGGAUGGGUUCUUCACUUGUGUUGAGGUAUUCUUUCCCGAUGACAUUCAAACUCAAAGUUUGGUGACAAAUGUAGAAUUGCACAAGUAUUUGAAGAAAGAAGGUGGAUUUGGAAGAGCUUUGGCUAAGGCGGGAUGCGCACAAAAUGAUGACAAUUAUAAUCCAGUUUUGUGGUGGAAUAUUUAUGGAAACCUUGUACCAAAAUUGCAAAGUAUGGCUAAAAGGAUACUUUCAUUGACCACAAGCUCACCCGGAUGUGAGAGAAAUUUGAGCGCUUUUGAGGGGGUUGCUUUGUCUAGGAAGUCUCCAUAUGUACAAACUGCCCAUAGGGUAUAA